UAUAUUAUUAUAUUAUUAUUACAACAUAAAAAUUAAAUUUUUUUAUUUAAUUUAUUCUAUUAUAAAUUAAAAAUAAAAAUAUUUGGAAUCCCCAAGCGUGUGGACUAGUCCAAUGUGGUUGAUUCAUUCAAACAUAAAUGAGCAACGCUCCUUGGGUUUGGUGAUGCAAAACCAUACUGUAUCUUCCUUCGGAGUGCCAGCUACUAGAUGUUUGAAACUUCGGAAAUCCAAGAAACCACCAUGGGCGACGGCAACCCUAAUUUAUCUGGAAUUAUUCGCAUCGUUAGCAGCAUCCUCCUCGACCCUUCUAUCUCUUUGAUCAAAGACAAGUAUCAUUUGUUCAAAGGCGUCAAGGAACAAGUAGAAAAGCUCUCAAGCAACUUAUCCGCCAUUGAAGCCGUGCUUCAAAUAGCUGAACAAAAGCAACUGGAGGAAUCCCAUUACAGAGAUUGGCUUCGAAAGCUCCAAGGCGCUGUCUGGGAUGCAGAGGACGUGCUAGAUACCUUCAGAACAGAUGCUUUUCUGUGGAAGAGAAAGCAGGAGGUACUCUGUUUUCACCCUCCUUUUAGUUUGAGUAAAACUUCCUAUAAAUAUGAUGCUGCGCUUAGGAUCAAGGAAGUUUCGUCGAAAUUGGGACGAAUUGCUGACGAAAGGAAAAAUUUCUCUCUAGAGUUUAAUGUUGAUGGCGGGAAUGCUCGAAAGGAUACGCCCAUUUGUCUUUCUCUAGAAACAGAGUUUUUUGGUAGGGCGGAUGAUAAGGAGAGAAUCGUAAAUUUGCUGAUAUCAGAUGAAUCCGAGAAACAGGGGAAGGUUUCCCUUAUUCCCAUCGUUGGAAUGGGAGGUAUCGGCAAAACAACUCUUGCUCGUGUAGUCUAUAACGACAGCAGGGUAGAGAAGCAUUUUGAAUUUAGGAUGUGGGUCUAUGUCUCCCCACACUUCAAUCUUACACAGAUCCUGAGAGAGAUGAUGGAAUCGUAUUCAAAAACUUCUCUCCCUUCUAAUUUAUCCUCAAGCCUUGUAGAGUCUCAAUUUAGGGCAUUUUUGCCUGGAAAACGAUUUUUUCUUGUUCUAGAUGAUGUCUGGUCUGUGGAUUAUAAUAAAGAUUGGGAGCCCCUUCUACAGUUCUUAGAAAUGGGGGAGAAAGGCAGUAAAGUUUUACUUACUACUAGAAACGAGAAGGUAGCAGAGAUUGCGUGCACAAAGUCACCUCACAUUUUAGAAUGUUUGCCUGAAUACGAAUGUUGGUCCCUGUUUAAUAACGGUUUCAGAAGUGGGAAUAUGUCAAGCUUGGUGCAGGAGCAAUUGGAAGACGUUGGUAAGAAGAUUGUGCGUAGGUGUGAUGGUCUGCCUUUGGCAGUAAAGGCUAUGAGGAAUCUCUUGCGUGGUAAUGUGGAAAAAAGCAAAUGGCAAAAGGUUAUGAAUAGCAGCACAAGAGAGCUAGAGGACUCAUAUUCACUUAAUAUUUUGCCUACUCUAAAAUUGAGCUAUAAUCACCUUCCUUCUCAUCUAAAGCAAUGUUUUGCAAUUUGCUCCAUAUUUCCUAAGGCCUAUGCUUUUUAUAAGGAAGAGCUGGUGAAACUCUGGAUGGCUCAAGGCUUUGUUCAAUCUAGUCAGCUGGACAGAGCAGAGAAGAUUGGAAUAGAAUAUUUUGAUGAGUUGUUAGCAAGGUCAUUCUUCCAAGUCUUGAAUAUUGAUGGUAAGGUGCAGUACAGAAUGCAUGAUUUUAUCCAUGACUUAGCACAAUCAGUUUCAAGCACCUAUUGUUGUCAAGUUAAGGAUUUCAGAUCAUCCAGCUUCUCUGAAGAGCAUCGACAUAUGUCUUUACUUUGCCAUGAUGUUGAGCAGUCUUUGUUGAAGAUUGUUGAUAGUUCCAGCAAGCUGCGCACGCUUCUAUUGCCUGGUGACCAUGUAAAAGACUUUGGGCAAGCCCUUGGAAAAGUGUUCCAUUCAUUGAAAUACAUUCGCAUGUUGGAUCUGAGUUCAAGCUUGAUCCUGGAAUUGCCAAGCUCUAUUGAAGAGAUGAAAUUGUUGCGUUACCUAGACAUCUCGAAAACUGAAAUCAAAGUGCUUCCUGACUCAAUCUGCAACUUGAGCAAUAUUCAAACACUGAAACUGCUAGGUUGUCCUCGGCUUUUUGCAUUACCCAAGGACCUUAGGAAGCUUGUUAAUCUGCACUACCUUGAGCUGGAUGAAAUAUUCUGGUUCCAUUGUAAGGCAUUGCCACCAGGGAUGGGAAAAUUAACCAAUUUGCACAAUUUGUCAGCAUUUCAGGUGGGCUGCAAGACUGGAUAUGGAAUUGAAGAGUUGAAGGACAUGGCAUAUCUCAGAGGAACAUUGCAUAUUUCAAUGCUUGAAAAUGCAGUUAAUGCAAAGGAGGCCAGACUGAGUGAGAAGGAGAGCCUUCAGAAAUUGAUAUUUGAAUGGAGCAACGGAGACUUCAGUUCAUAUGAUGAAGCAGCUGAAGAAAGGAUCCUUGAAGACUUGCUACCUCACUCGAAUAUCAAGGAGCUCCAACUUUGGAACUACAAGGGCACUAGAUUCCCAACUUGGAUGAGAGAUGGACUGCUUCAGAAUUUGGUCACUGCCGCAUUAAAACAUUGCACAAAAUCCAUAACUCUCACUCUUGGGCAGUUGCCCCUUCUGGAGGCACUCAACGUCAAAGGAUUGCAGGAGUUGGAGGCAUGGCCAAACAUGCAAUAUCCUUCCCUGCGUAGGCUAAAGAUUUGUGACUGUCCCAAGCUAAGAAAGUUGCCUGAUAUCUUUGAUAAGCUAGAAAUUCUGACGAUUAAAAAGUGCAAUGCAUUAAAGGUGCUUCCUGUAACUCCGUCUCUGGAGUCCUUGGUGUUUGUUGAUAAUCCUAGCCUGGAAGACUGGAAUGAAGUAACAGUAUCUGAAGGGGAAAGAUUUUCUCUCUCAAAAUUAGCAGAAUUAAAAAUAGUAAACUGCCCCAAGCUAAAAGGACUACCCCAAAAUUUUUCCCCACAAAAACUGGAGAUAAGCAAUUGUGAAUUGUUGACUACCCUCCCAUCAACAGAGCACGCGCAAAAUCUUCAAUGUUUAGCAUUAGAUUCAUAUAGUGAUGGAACAUUACUGAGGGCAGUACCCAAUACCAGCUCUCUUUACUCCCUCAUCAUCUCCAACAUAGAAAAUCUGGUAUCAUUUCCAAAAUGGCCUCAUCUUCCUGAGCUCAAGGCUUUGUACAUCCACAGUUGCAAGGAACUAAUGUCUUUGUCACAAGACGAAAGACCAUUGCGAAGUUUGAGCUCUCUCAAACUCCUCUCUAUCAAGGAAUGUCCAAAGCUUGUAAAAUUGCCAGCUGAAGGGCUACCUUCUUCACUUGAGUGUUUGAGCAUUAAUUCUUGUGCUGGACUGAAAUCCCUGGUCCCUAAGGACAUACUGAAGAGUCUUACCUCACUCAAGGACCUUUACAUCCAGGAUUGCCCCCUGAUUGAUUCCUUCCCAGAGGAUGGCCUUCCUGAAUCUCUCCAGCAUUUGCAUAUCAAGGAUUGUCCAUUGCUGACCAAACGAUGCCAGAGGGAGAAUGGAGUGGGUCCAGAAUGGCCAAAGAUCAUGCACAUUUCUGACCUUGAAAUUGACUCUACCAAAAUCUCAACCUCUCAUUCAGCACCUUGGUAUUGUCAUUUCAUUUGUGGUGGAGAUAUGUAACAAAAUGCCUGAAUCUGAUUUUGAAUAGCAGCAAAGCUGAACAGAGAAUUAAGACAGAAACAGCAUAGACAUUGUCUGCCAUUUAUGGUGAUCCAGCAGUUGAGAAGGGCAAUCAAAGGAGUGCAUUAAAAAGUCUGGGUACAACAAAGAGUACAUGGAGUUUGGCAUGUGGGAUUUUCUUGUUUCAUUGGGUUUGUUACUAAUAUGCUAGCUGUUGAAGAAUCUUAUGAAUUAUCAGAAAAUCAUAUGAUUAGUAGAAAUCAAUAAGUUGAUAGGUGCUUGCAUGAAGGGGUAAUUUUUUUUAUGUUUUAUCAUCAAAUUGAUGGCAUGCCAUUAUACUUUGUAUAUUCCAUUAUAAAUAUACUCUUAUAUAUUAUAUUAAACACAUAAGUAAAUAAAAUGUAGCUUUUAAGGAUUUUUGUUA